AUGGCUCAACAACCUCAUUCUCGAUUUCCACCUUUUCUUUCCUUGCAACCUCGCCAAACGGAUAACUAUUUUCUAAACGAAACUACUCCACUGAUGACAAAUUGGUGCACCGAAGUGCAUCGAGCACAAGUCAGACCGGAACCUCCAUCUUGCUUUUCCUCACCAAACUCGGAGGUUACGCCCCCCAAACACACGUGUCCGGUUUACGUCAACAGCCCUGAAACUGAUGCUUUGGAUGGAAGGUCCUCCCAACCAGACCACGUUCGUGGGAUACCGGCCUGUGAACAGUGUGGAAAACAAUUUGCAAAUGUCUACCGUCUUCAGCGGCACUUGCUGAGUCACACAGAAAGCUAUGAGUUAAGAAAAUUUCGGUGCUCCCAAUGCAACAAGGCAUUCAAAUUUAAACAUCAUCUGAAGGAACACGAACGUAUCCACACUGGGGAGAAACCAUUUAUGUGCAAACAUUGUGGAAAACGUUUCAGUCAUUCGGGUUCCUAUUCCAGUCACACAACUAGCAAAAAAUGCAGUGCGCUGAACUGGUCCACAUCUGUCUCUUCUAACACAACACAAUCAACCAACGAGUCUCACCCAAUCCACACGCCUCUCCCGAGGAGCAUAAUCUCAUCUGAGGGUCAUGCUGCUAGAUUGGCGACACCAUUCCAGGAACGUGAAUUGCUGUUUAAGAGUGUUGACAAGGAAUCGGAGACUAAUGGCCUGCACAACCUCGAGCGAGUACAGUCUCCCCCGAGUCCACCUGAAAAGAACUGUCUUAAUAAAGAUGUGAUACCCAGUUGUCUGCCUCAUAUGGGAACAUUUCCCUUCACUUCUGUUGGAACGUCUCCAAUUCCAUUAUUCCAGAAAUAUCCACCUUUGUCAUCUCUAUCAUUUCCUUCUCUGCCUGGAACACUGUUCGGAUUAACGUCACGACCGUGGCCUUGGUAUUACCGGUCUCAAGAAGCUGUAUCCGAUUCCUCAGAACUUUCCACACGUAACGUCUCACAGAAGAAAUUUUCUAUCCCAGAGCUUUCCCAGGAUGUUUGUAAUCAAACUCCUGAUUGGGACUGGAAUCAAUCGACCCCACCCCAGACGUCGUCAGAAGGUCCUUUCGUAGCACCCACUACCCGUCAUAGUUCACAGUCGCUGGCUCUGUCUUGUGAUCUAGCUUCUCCUUUAUCGUCUUAUAAGACGAUUCAGACAUUUGCACCGAUUGCUGAUAAACCGUUUUAUGCAAGUGCAUGGAGCGCAUUCCAGUCGCCUGAACACAAUGUACAAGAAGCUGCACUUGACUUAUCCAUGCCAAAAUUAUCCUCAAAAUCCCAUCCGGCAGAUAUGCAAACACCUUCUGCAGUGACUAAAGUAGAUUCCUCGUCGGUCGAACAUAAUUCGUUAUAUAUACCGGAAAACAGCGCUUCCAUAAACAUGAAGAGAUGGAUGUCCACAUUUGCCUUCAUGUUAGGUGCCGCGAAAAUGAUAGAUACCCCAUCCAAGCUCUGCACUGAUGAUCCGUUCGGGUUAGAACAAGGUAUUGCGCAGUUUCAGUCAAUACCACAUUUAAAAAUUAACGGUGUUGAUUGCGAGGCUCAAAUCACGAAGACAAAGAAACUUGAUUCACCAAUGGAGCAACGUAACACGCCAUGCACAGAAUACAGACAUGAUGGAGACCUGGAAGUAUCCAUGGAAGAGAAUGUGGAUAUCAGAGUUACCGAUAGUAUCAGCGACAGUAUGGCUGACUGCAGCAGCGGCGUCGGAGGAAGCGACGGAGGUGGCGCGUUUGGCGAACAACUGACCUGUGAUCAAUGUCAAAAAGUCUUCUCGAAAUACAGUUCACUGGCGCGACACAAAUACGAACACACUGGUGUUCUGAUUUUAGGUGAAUUAAACCGACAGACCACAUUGGCCUGA